CUUAUUUAAAUGUUCUCUUGAUUUCGCAUAAACUCAGUAAAUAACAUAGGGUCUUUCAUUAUAUUCACUUGCCUAAAUAUUGAGUAGAUAUUUUUAUUUUUAUUUUAUAAUUAUGACAACUUAUACUGACAAAGGACCAAAGCCUCUAGGAGGUAAAUUCUUAGCCUUUGAUCAUCUCAAAUUCUGGGUAGGGAAUGCAAAACAAGCUGCAAGCUUUUAUUGCGCCAGAUUUGGUUUUGAACCUCUAGGAUAUCGUGGAUUAGAAACAGGCUCACGAAAAAUAGCUUCUCAUGCCGUUAAACAAAAUAAAAUUAUUUUUGUAUUCGAAUCAGCAUAUGAACCUGAUGAUAAGGAAAUGGCUACGCAUCUUGGAAAGCAUGGGGAUGGAGUUAGAGAUAUAGCUUUCAGUGUAGAAGAUAUUGAAACAAUAGUACGCAUUGCAAGACAAAAGGGAGCUAAAGUUAUUAAAGAUAUUUGGGAAGAAAAAGACAACAAUGGUGUCAUUAAAAUGGCAACUGUCAAAACGUUUGGCGACACCUUACAUACUUUCGUAGACAGAACUAAAUAUAAUGGAGCAUUUCUUCCAGGGUUUAUUGACGUUCCUCCAGAUCCUCUUUCCAAAUUAUUACCUCCAACUAAACUAGAUUUCGUAGAUCAUUGCGUUGGCAAUCAACCUGAUCAGCAAAUGGAACCAGUAGCAAAAUGGUAUGAACAAUCUCUUCAAUUUCACAGAUUCUGGUCUGUUGAUGACACUCAGCUACACACUGAAUUUUCCGCACUUCGUUCAAUUGUGAUGACCAACUGGGAAGAAACCGUAAAGAUUCCAAUUAAUGAACCAGCACCUGCAAAAAAACGUUCACAAAUUCAAGAAUUCGUUGAAUAUUACGGUGGACCUGGAAUUCAACAUAUUGCUUUAAAUACAACUGAUAUAAUCACCUCUGUUGAAAAUCUUCGAAGUAGAGGUGUUGAAUUUCUCCAAGUUCCUGAUAGUUAUUAUGAUAUGUUGAGAAAAAAGCUGCAAUCUAGUAAUACCAAAGUGAUUGAAGACAUGGCUAUUCUUCAAAAGCUUAAAAUUCUCAUUGAUUAUGAUGAAAAUGGAUAUCUUCUUCAAAUUUUUACAAAAAACGUUGAAGAUAGACCUACACUUUUUAUUGAAGUUAUUCAACGUAGGAAUCACAAUGGAUUUGGUGCUGGAAAUUUCCAAGCAUUAUUCGAAGCUAUUGAAAUGGAGCAAGCAAAACGCGGAAAUUUAUAAAUUUAAUCAAUAUUGUACGUUACAACAUGAUUAAGAAUAAUCAUUGCUCCUAUGAACUUUUUUAUCGUUAUUACUAAUAAUUAAUACGAAGCAUAAUGCAAACAAAUAAUUUGCAUGCCUUAUAUUUAACAUCUAACCAUUAAAUUACAAAAAUACAUAGCAUCAAGUGAGUUGUAAAACAGUUUACUUAUAAAAAUUUGGAAUAAAUUGUAAAACAUUUCAUAAAUUUAGUUUAAUCUGAACAGAAAGGCAUUCUAAAGUUUUGGUUGGUUUUUUUUUUAACAAAUAUUGUUAAUCCUUUCUUCCAAAAGGAAUUUUAAUUUUCAAUUAAAAUUAUAUUUUAAUUGAUAAAGGUUGCAAGCUAUUUUUUAAUUGCGCUUUAUUCGUAAACUUUAUAAGCAUUAUUUUAUUAUUAUUAUUAUUAUUAUUUUAUUCGUAUAAAAACUUUAUCUAAAGAGAUAUGAAACGAAUUAAUGAGGAAAAAAUAUAACGAUAAAGCAAAAUUAAAGUAUAUCAAGAGAAGAAGAAUAAAACGACGGGAGAACAAGA